AACUGCAGUCGGGUAACAGAUAUAUUUUUCUUUUAUUUUUCCAACAACACAACCAAGCGCCAAAUGUCUACCACUACAAGAUCCGACUCUGUGCCAAGCACAACCAAUGCUUCCAGUGGAAAAAUAGUCCUAUCCCAGGGUAUCACCCGCGAGCUUUCCACCUCAAACGCUGGAAACUUCACCAGUAUACCUGUUAUUGACCUACGGCCUCUUACCUCUCCAACAGCCACAGCCACAGAAAAAAAACGCAUGGUCAGCGAGAUCCGAGACGCCUGUAUCAAGGUGGGCUUUUUCGUUAUAAAGAACCACGGAAUCGACUGGAACAUUGUUGAUGCUGCAUUUGAUGCCCUUGAGGAAUUCUUCGGUCUUCCGCUGGAAAACAAAAUGAAGAUUCACCAGUCUACUUCGCCGUCCUACAUGGGCUAUGAAGAGCCCUACUACACAAAUAUCGAUGGACUUUCUAAAGGAGAUUCGAAGGAAUCCGUGUACAUCAGCUACGAUCCAUAUCUUGAUCCUCUCGGAGUGGGCGACGCGAUGCCUAAGAUCCUCAAGCGGGACAAUCUCUGGCCAGACCCACAGGAUGCUCCGAAGUUUCGACCUGCGAUCGAGGCAUACCGUGCAUCGUGCUUGGAUCUGAUGAGGAAGAUGAUCCGUGUCCUCGCUCUAGCCAUGGGUGAAGAGGAGACCUUCUUCGACAAAAAGACAACAUACCCCAUUGCGACGAUCCGCGCGAUUCACUACCCUCCCCAGGAGGGAUCAGCCCAGGAAGAAAUCGGACUCGGUGCCCACACUGACAUCCAAAUGAUGACAAUGAUUGCCCAAAGGCCUUACUAUGCCGAGUCUCUCGAAGUCCUGAACGCUGCCGGACAAUGGGUCAAGCCCAAGCUGGAGCCUGAAACAUUUGUAGUCAAUCUGGGCGAUAUGGUUGGUCGACUCACCAAUGAUGUGUUCCAGAGCACCGUCCACAGAGUCUGCAAUACAGCGCCAGAAGGAAAGGUUUCGCAAAACAGAUAUUCUAUGCCCUUCUUUUUCGGUAUGAAUAAUGACGAGCUUGUCACUACGCUGCCACAGUUUGCGACGGAGGAGAACCCGCUCAACGAACAGUACCUGCAUGGUAUGACUGGUUAUGAGCACUACAAUCGACGAUUGCAGCGGGCGCACCACAAGCAUCCGAGCGCAAUCAACAGUGCAUCGACGGCUCUGCCACCAGGCAUGACGAAAGUGAAUGGUAUUCUUGUUAGUGACAUGUGAUGGUAGCAUCUCAAUGUUUCUGGAGAUAGGCCUGUGGUUUAG